AUGUAUCGGAGAGACUCUAAAAUAACUUCUCAAGAGUUUCUCAAGUGCAAUAAUAGCUUAUAUUAUAAGUUAUUUGUUACUCCAGAAAACAGUUAUUUUUUGGCUUCUCUAAUUGUACAUGCACAUAUUUUCAGUCGUUUCCCAAACAGCAGCAAAAAUUCUUCACCUGUACCAAAAACAAUUUCAAAACAUUUGAAUACAUUUAUUCCGCAUAACUCAGUUGUACUGUUGUUAGAAAAUGGCAAAAAUUCUGCUUUCAAAUUUCGUAAUGGCAAAUAUAAACUGAUUGCUGAUCAACAACAGCUGACGGUUAAGAAAAAUAUUACCACAAAUCGUUGUCAACCACAAUGCCGAAGCUCAGUGGCAAAUCUGUACAACAAUCGAUUUGGUCGAACGCUUCUUCGGACCGAUUUAUCCUGUUUACAGGCUAGGCACGAGCUAGAAAUUUGUAACCUGAUGCCCAACAAGACACCACUACAUUGUAACUUAGCCAGAUUAGCAUGUGAAAGUGAUCUUCAGCAGGUAAAAUCGAUCAAAUUAAAGAGUUGA